AUGUCCGCCAACGAAAAGCCAAAAGGUCUAUCAUUCCGACCGAAAAACAUACGCACGCCUAAGGACGUUCGGGACCAACGAGCUCUUGAGGCACAGGAGCGUGAAGAGGAAGACUACUGGUGGAAGUACCACGGAAUUGCACCCAAAGACCAAGAUCGAACGCGCCAUAAUUUAAGUACGCGGCCUAGCUUCUCACAUAUCUCGACCCAGCGAGCUCUCAAACGCCGCCAAAGGUACCAGAAACUGCUUCAGCGACGAGUUCAGCAAGAACGUCGGCAGCAAGAUCAGCAACUUGAGCUGCCUUCAUUUUGUCAGCAGCCAAAUCAGCAACGCGAUCAACAAAAAGAUCAGCAGCAGGAUGAACAAUACGAUCAACAAAAAGAUCAACAGCAAAGCCAGCAAUUCAAGCUGCCUUCAUUUUGUCAGCAGCCACAGCCAGAUGGUGCCUUGCAGCCGCCAUACUUUGAGUAUCGCUGCCCUGGGAAACGAGAGUUCAAUGAGCAAGUCCACCAAUCCUUCUGCCAGGCUCAGCGCCUAACUGUCCCGGUUUUCAAGGAUAUAAUCAUAUCACUCCUUGGCAAAAUGGCAAAUGAUGAGUUUGAGGAGCUGAAGUCGAUAAACUUUCCGAAAAUAAUUAGCGAAUGGGGCUCCCUCGAUGAAAUUGCAGAGAUUGCAAUAGCCCAGAUUCUCCCUCAGUUUCUAGAGUUACAGGGAAAACCGCUAACAGCCGAAAUUAUUCGCGAGAUACAUCAAAAGCAAUUCGAGGACCCUAGUAUCUGGACAGAGACAGAUAUAGGUGGAUAUGUUCUUAUCGGGCUAGACGAUCGGGAUGAACGUUAUAUACGAUACUAUGUUGGACAGUCGUUCAAGUUAUCCACCCGAUUAUCUCAUCUUCGAGAUUAUUCCGAAAUCAGAAAAUUAACUGAUGUCUUCGGUAUUGUUGCAACAUUAACAGCACAAGAUAUCUACCAUAACUUCUGGGUUAGUAAAUCUUCAACAGCCUUCAUUAUUUCUCAUCGCAUACUUCUAGAAGGUAAAUAUGAGGAUCCAUGGACUCCCAGCACACUGCCGACACCAGUUGCUGACUGGCUCUACCAUAUCGGCUUCCAAACCCAAGAUGACCUUUCAAGUUUGAUGGAAGCUGCUGGUGGAAACCUAGAGGAUGGAGUACAAUUAGUACGAGUUGCCCUAUCCCAAGAGGUACCCCGCAGGCGAUACCCCCAGAAUAAGCCCAAUCGAGGAUCACUUGGUCCAAAGUUUCCGGAGUCUUAUCCAAAAGUUAAACAGUUACUCGAGAAUCUUCGAGAGAAACGAUCGCUAUUCUGGAAAAGAUUCAAGGAGUUGAAAGCUAGUGCUUUUAAUGAUGAGCGCAGGUCUGAAGGGACCUCGAAUAAAACCUGUUCCCUCACAAAUGAUGAGGAAGAUGACGAAAAGAUCUCAAAGCUAGCCCAUUACCUCCCAAAUGGUGAUGGUACUGAGACGGAGGAAACUAUUACUCUGGGCGAGAAAAUGAAGGAACUCAUCCUGGAGGAUGAUGACCAAGACAGCGAUCUCGACAGUGAGGAUGAUGACCAAGGCAACGAUUCUGACAGCCUAGGGAUGAUGGUUGUAAAGGCCCCUCUCGAAAGAAACUCCAAGAUUUCUUGA